AUGCAAGCCUUCGUGCCUAUGACGAACGGAUCUACCUCCUAUCGCCAGCCCGCCUCACUGCACGGCGGUAAUCUUCACAACCGCUCUGCACAGCAGCGUGGUGGCAUGGCGCCACCAGGCCCCCCUCCGUACGGCUACCCUGGCCAGCAGAUCCCGGGAUCUCCGACCAGCGGCUCUUCCCCUAGAUCUCCUACUAUCCCGCCAAUCGUUCUGGAGGCUUCUUCGUCCAGGGUAGGUACGCAAACCUGUGUGCAGCUGCUUGUGCCCUCACGUCAGGCGCUGUAUGCUGUGCUAGCCGUUCCUUUGCUGCUGUGGCUGGUGGUGAUGCUGGCGGGGACACUCCACUCGGAGCCCAUUCCGGACGGCUUCACUAAAAGGGACUUUGAGCACCCGCUGACAUGGUUUGACAGCAUGUUGUGUGACAGGGGCUUGGUGAUGGUAGACUGGGAUCGAGGGAUCUGGUACCCGAGACGUGCUCGGCCAGGUAUCCCUGUUCAGGUAGAUGGCAAGGUUAAGAUGCUGUUGGCAACUCACGUCAACAGUGUUCACCGCACUGUGGAUGACGUGAUAACGCAUGUCUUCCGUGUGUGGGGUCCGAUGUUGCCUCUGGCUCCCUACCUGGUCCGAGUGGCCUCGUUAGGUCUACAGGGCCGCGCACCAGCCCCCUCCCUCUCGGACUCCAAGCCUCUGAGCCGGCCGCUGUGUCCAGGUGUGACACUGCCUCUACAAACCCUGUUUGUAUACCUGACCAUCAUCCUGCUGCGCCUGGUCAUCUACGUGGGCCACGUGGCUCUGCAGCGGUGGAGCACUGGGGCGCUGGUAUUAGUAUCGGACCACCUGCUACUGGCAGCGUCGGUUGUGGCAUGCUUCCAGUCCGAGCUGGUGAUGUGCCUGUCGGAUGUAUACAAGUCAGAAUUGCUAAGGGGUAUGGACCAGAGUACCGACCUGAGGCAGCUUGUGGUCGUGGGCGGCUUUGUAGUGUCCAUGUUUGCUAUGGUGUUUAUCUUUGGUGACAUGUACUGCACUGCCCGGUGGUACCAUCAUGCCACAGAGUCGUGGGCGGCGGUUUUUGCUGGUGCACUGCUGUUCCAGGCGCCUGUUGUCGUCUGGCUGUUGCGGCGCAAUAGCUGCCCCACACAAUUUGCCCGUGUCACAUCCAUGUGA